AUGUCUACUACUGUUUUUGUCCUGGGUGCUACUGGCUACAUUGCUUUACAUGUUGUUAAAGAUCUUAUCAAAAAAGGUUAUUCUGUUGUUGGUUCAGUUAGAUCUGAGGCUAAAGGUGAAAAAUUAACCAAACAAUUUGGUGGAAAAUUCACGUAUGAAGUUGUUCCAGAUAUCAGUAUUGAAGGUGCUUUUGAUGAAGCUUUGAAAAAACAUCCUGAAGUUACUGUAUUCUUACAUACAGCAUCUCCUUUCCAUUUCGACGUUACUGAUGUUGAAAAGCAGCUUUUGGUUCCUGCCAUUGAAGGUACUGUCAAUGCUUUGAAGGCCAUCAAAGAACAUGGUCCUCAAAUCACAAGAGUUGUUAUUACUUCUUCUUAUGUUGCAACCUGUUCUCUUGAAGACGACGGCGAUACUUCUCUUGUCAUUACUGAAGAUAGUUGGAAUAGAAUUACUUGGGAGCAAGCUUUACAAGACCCUGUUUCAGGAUACUACGGUUCCAAGGCAUUCGCCGAGAAAGCCGCUUGGGACUUCUAUAAAAACGAAAAGCCAAACUUCAUUCUUAGUACCGUUAAUCCAGGUUACGUUUUCGGUCCUCAAGCCUUUGACGAAGAUGUUAGUGGUACAUUAAACACAUCUGCUGAGAUAAUUAAUGGUUUAUUGAAAUUAAACAAAACCGACUCCGUUCCUUUCUAUAAAGGAGUUUACAUUGACGUUAGGGAUGUGGCUAAGGCACACCUUGUUGCGUUUGAAUCUGACGAAGCUAAAGAAGAAAGAUUGCUUUUAACUGAAAAUAGAUUCUACUCUCAACAAUUAUUAGAUAUCUUACACUCCAAAUUCCCCGAAUAUGCCCACAAUUUACCAGUCGGUAAACCGGGCCAAGGUGAUCCAGUCGGUGUUAAAGUUGACAACGAAAAAACCAGAAAGAUUUUAGGCUUCGAUUUUAUUGAUUUGGAAGGUACCACUGUAGAUACCCUCAAACAAAUCAUCGAUGCCAAUAAAUAA